AUGGGUCUCCUCAAACACUUCCGCAGUCGCUCCCACCUCAAAAGCAAUAAUGGUCCACAAGCAUUACCAUCACCACCACCACCACCACCACCACCAGCCUAUUCCUACACCAGCCCGCCCCGCGCAUACCAAGGCCGCGACCAAACACAACGAUUGCCCGAGACAGUACUGGCGACCAUCUUCUCCUACGUCUGUCCUCACUCCGAAGACCUCACCUACGAAGCCUCGGAAAGAUCCCAAAUAGGCGAUGGCUGCAUGCUCUGCGACCUCCGCGACCUGGCCAAGUGCGCACAGGUCAGUCGGAAAUGGUACGGCGUGGCGCAGAAAGCCCUCUACUCCAGCGUCCGCAUCGACGCGGUACAUUACUGCGCUUUAGAAGAAGAGCUGGCCGAGCGACGGCAAAAGGCGGGCAAGCAUUUCCGCAGCCGGAGUGCGGUGGUGGAGCCCGGUGAGGUGCCGAGUAUACGCCUCUCUCUGCUCUGUAGGACGGUGCGGGAGCAGGAGCACUUGGCACAGCAGGUUCUGGUGCUGAAGCUGCCGUAUAUGACGCGGGAGACUGCCAAGGGGGAGCUGGCGAGGUGUGUGAGUGCGUUGUCGAACUUGAGAUAUGUGGAUUUGCCUGAUGGCUUCUUUACUGGUGAUCCCGGGUGUUUGGCUUUGAGGCAGGAGUUGCAGGCGCGAUGUCCGGAUAUUCGGAAGAUGACGUAUCGGGGUGGGAGCGAGGAGGCGUUGGAGUUACUGGCGCAUCGACAUUGGCAGAGCAUUGAAAUCAUGGAGUUGAGCGGGCUGGCCAUUGAACCGGCGACACUGAGGAUCGUCUUGGCUAGCCUACCUACCCUUCACGACCUCACCCUCAGCCAUCUACCCUGGAUGGAUGACAGCGUCUUCCAGCUCUCCCCCGGCCAACUCCCGGACUUCCCACCUCUCCACCACCUCACCCUCUCCAGCACCCCCAACCUCACCUCCCAAGGUCUCUGCCAACACCUCACCGCCGCGCAGAACCGCGAAGUCCUCUCCUCCCUCACCCUCUCAAACACCGGCAUCACAAUCCAAACCCUCCACCACAUUCUCUGGACCGCCCCACAACUCCAUCACCUCUCCAUAACAGAAACAGUCUUCAAAUCCCUCUCCCUCACCACCGCCCAACUACCCCCCUUGACAUCCAUCAGCCUCCAAACCCUGCACUACGAAAUCACCAGCUCGGAAGAAGUCCACGGCCUGCAAAAACCGGCCGAAAGCUACUAUGCCUACCUCGCCUCCUCCCUCCACCAAAACGCCCUCCCAGCUCUAACAGUCCUCUACGUCCGCGACCCAACCUUCACCGACCUCCUCAUCCUCCCCCCGAUCCCGGCUCCCUUCGCCUCUGCAUCGUCGAGUCAUGGCUCGCAGAACGGUGGGAGUCUGAGGAGUAAACCUAGCAAUCUCUCCACCAGCACGAAUCCCUCCCUUUUAAACAUCAACGGCAUGGCAGGAAAUGGCAACGGUAACGCCUUCUCCGGCGCCGGCUUCAACCAAACCCUCGAGGUCUUCUCCAAGGGCAUCGAUGAACUGGAAUGGGUCUUCACUUCCAUCGCCCCGGGCCCGCAAACCCACGGUAGGGAUCGCGGAUCCUCAGCCUCUGCUUCUGGUGGUCGUCCAUUAAGCGCUUACUCCGCUUCCCGUGGUCUCGGCCCGCAAUGGGCUCAGGGAGGUUUUGGUGGGGAGGCAAGGAAGUCCGUGAUCGUGGGGAAUGGGUUUGGGGGGUUCUUGGCUGUGCCGCAGGAGGAGGUGCCGAGGCCAAUGACUAGUGGGGAUGGGGCUGGGGCUGGGGCUGGGUAUGAUGGGGUGGGGGGCACGAGGUGGGGGAGUUUUGGGAGUGCGGGGACGGGGGGGAGUGCGGGGACGGGAGGGAGUAGUAGGGGGAGUUUCUUGAAGCCGCCGCCUAGUAUUGGGAGUCUGGCUGGGAGUUCGGGGAGUGGUGGGGCGCAGCAUGAGAGGAGGGGCAGUCGGCAUGAUUUGUGGCGAUGA